UGUAAUUGGAGACCUUAGUUUAAGUCUAGUUUUACCGUCAACCGGUCACCUUGCAGAUAAAACACGCGGCCAUUACGAAUCCUUCUUAGACAACUGACGCCUUUGAGAAGAAGACAUCGGAUACCGAGAGGAACAAAAUAUGGAUACCUUACAAUAUCAUCCACUGUUGCUAAUAACUGAAGAUGACAUAAAAAAGGCGCGACAAUUUUAUAACGUCGAAGAUGAAACUAGGAUAAAGGACAGUCUUAAAGCAAUUGAGUCGUGGUGCAAGAAACAAGAUCAUCUAGUAGAAGCGUAUCAAUACUUACAUCCGAACAUGUUGGAACGUAUGUUUUUAUUGGCACGAGGAUCAGUUGAAAUGACAAAAAUAAAAUUUGAUAAACUCUUCACUAUGAGGGGAAUGAUGCCGGACAUAUGUUUAAAUAAGUCAUUGCAAGAGUUUGAUGAACUAUCUGAAUGCCUACGUUACGUUCCAUUACCAAAACUAAAUCCUGGCGAUCAAUCACGAGUGAUGGUGACACAAGUGAUAAGUGGAAAAUGGGAGAAGUUCAAUUUGUUAUCCUAUAUGAGAUAUUGUUUUCUGAUCGGGGAAUACAGACUACACUACGAUUACAGUUUAAGUGACAGAUAUAUCAUAGACCUUAAAGAUAUAAAUAUCAGUAUUUUAGCCAAAUUAAACCCAAUUAUUUUGAAAAGGGGCGAAAUCUUAUGCACGGAAGGUUUUGGUACAAAAAUUAAAGGCAUUCACAUACUAAACGCCCCAUCGUUUGUUGACAAAUUUGUGUCACUAAUCAAGCAAGGUUUAAAAGAAAAGGUUGCCAACCGACUUCACGUGCACAACACGUAUGAGGAUCUUCAUAAAGAAAUAUCCAAAGAAAUUCUUCCCAAGGAAUACGGUGGCGAAAGUCUUACUUGUGAAAAAUUGGCAGAACGUUGGAAAGAUACUCUGAAAACGAAAGAGGCAGAAAAAAUAAUUUACGACAGCAACAAACUCAUAACCGACGAAACGAAACGAACAACAGCAAAAUUCAAUGAGGAAUACUUAGGAAUGCCUGGAUCUUUUAGGAGUUUGACUGUCGAUUGAUUUUUUAUUACAAAUAAAUUUUAAUUUAUCACUAUGCCCGCAUAACAGGCUAAAUAUAUUGUUGUAAAAAUAACAUAAGCGUAUUUUAAAUUAAAUAAAUAUUGCU